AGAGGCGGGUAAAAAUGUAAACACUGGUCCAUACUGAUGGAGACUAUUGUUUGGUAGCUUGAGAGACUUUUUUCAAUGGCGCUUUUACCUCAGAAGUAACAUUACACCGCUGCUGUACUAUUGCUUGGUUUUGUUCUCUUACAUGUUAAAUAUAUAUUUGACCGUACCUGUUUGGUAUUGAUCGCUAACCAGCCCCGCUUUAGCUGUCUAGGUUAGCUAGCAGCUAACGUUGGCGAAGACAACACGAAAACGUUAAGAUAUUUACGUUACUUGUACCUUAAACCAUCUGACGCUGCUACCCCUGACCGUAUCCUCAUGCAACUUGAUGGAGGACUACGACGAGUUUGUGCAGCGUCGUCUCUCCCAGCUGAGGAAAGGUGACGAGGAGGAGGAACACAGCAGACCUUCACCUGCAUCCUCUGUCAUCCGCGUCCAUGGAAGACCCAUCCUUCCUCCCCUGCUCUCAGGGGAGCAGAGAGAGGAGAUGCAGCGACACAGAGAUGCGGCACAGAAAGCUUCAGGCCACAGAAAGCUGAAGGACGAUCCAAGAAUGGCCUAUGUGCAAACUAUUCUGCACAGUGUUCAGCUGAGGAAGACACCAACACUGGAGGAGUUGCUUCGGGAGUCAGAGAUUAACACAAAAUCUUUAUAUUCCCACAACACCAGUGGUGGAUCAGUGUCAGAGGGUAAUUUUAUCAUUGGAACAAAGGAUAGUCUGUCACUCUCGCCACCCCUGGUAAGGGAAGAAAAGGAUGAGCUUUCACCUCCUCCAGGGACAUCAACAACAUGUAGUGCCUUUUUCACUUCUGAUUUGAUACCUAAGCAAAGUUACCGUCAAGGAUGCCUUGCUGACCAACAUGACAGCCAAUGGGGAUCACAGCCAAAUUCCCGAAAUGGUGUGAGCCACCAGUCACUAUCUUCAGGUUACGUGACCUACGAGAAUGUUGAAAACACCGUUGGUGUGCCUGGAAUGAUUGAUGCGGUGAGUGAGAGCCAUGGCUUUGGCUCCUCAGAGGGUGGUUAUAGUGUGGGUGGCUUUUUCCUGCACAGCACCUCGGACACAAUCGCCAAAAUGCCAGAAAUUAUUAGCCACCCUCCCAUAGAUGGAGAGGAAUUAGAAAGGAGUGGACUGGAGUCAUCCUUUUGUAAUAACUUCAUAUCAGUAAAAGACAUUUGCUGCACCUCAUUCCAGGAGGAUUCAGUCAUAUGUGACCAUUUAACAGAAGAAAAAUCUGAAAGCGGUCACCUGGACAGUACAGAGAAUGGAGACAGCUCUCACUCUACUAAAGUACUUGAUGCUGGCAAAGAUCACAUUUUGGACAGAAGUGAGGAACCAAUGUCUUCAUCAGAAAACACUGGUUUUUCAGAUAAUCCAGAGUUAUCUGAGACUCAUCAGUGUCCAACAACAGUAUUGCAUAGUCAGCAUGAACCCACAGAAACAGAAGCAGCAGACAACCAUGCAGAUGAAGUGAAGCCAUCUGAGGAGCCUUAUCGUCUGAGCCUCCAGGCCUUGCUGAAGAAAUCUCAGGAGUAUCGGCGGCGCCAGCGGAUGCUUAGGAACCAAGCCAAAAACACUAAAAUCCAGGAGAGGACUCAAAAAGAGGCCAAAGCAAGGGCAGAGGAGCAGAGCCUCUCUGAUAAGGAGAAUGACGAGUCCCCUUACAAGGGGGCUGUGACUUCAGAGGAGAAGAAAGCUAAAGAGAGGAGAAGCACUUUUUCAUUUAUUCCAACAGUGGAAACGUCAUUAAGGAGAUCCUGGGAAAAUGAGAGGAUGAUUGAGAGUGAGAUCAUUGGGAAAAAGACCAAUGAUAAAUCUGAAAGCACGCAUGUAACAGGAGAUGGGAAUACUAAGGAAAUGACAAGAAUUGAGGAAGAAACAACUUUAAGAAAUAACAAGCUGAACAUUUCACAAGAGGUCGUAACAGAGCCCAAACAAAUCAGCGCCUUCAUCCAGCAGCAGCCUGGGGCCACAGAAGCUUCCUCGGUCCAGGAGCAAAGUACCACCAACCCCAAAGGUGCUUUUAAAGGAGUAGGGAAAUAUCACACUAUUCCAGCCCCUAGUUUCUGUAUGAGUCCUGUUCAUUGCAAAAGCAGUAUCAGAGAUGGAGAACGUGUUGAUGGGGCUGCGCCCUCAAAGGGGAAACUUGUGAUCAAUACUGACUUGAAUGAAGACCACAGUGUUAAAGAAGAGAGCAACCCGAGACAUCAAAACAGUCACACAGGCUUUCCCUCCACCGUCAAUCUCAUGGUUGAAGGCGAUGUAACAAGCGUUUUAGCCAAGAGUUCAGAGCACAUAGAUCAGCUGGAGUCAAACCUGUCCAGCCUAAAAGUACUGAUCUCAGAUCUGGAGUCCACAGUGAAAGAAAACUUAGUGAAUCACAGCCAAACUACGAGCAACACAAAUAGCGAGCUCAGUUUUAAAGGUAUCGAGCACUCAGAGCAAAGUGGGAAUGAUCAACAGGUGCAGCUGCAGCAGAAUGAUUGUGACUGCUGGGAGGAGAAGCUGAGGGAUGAUGAUGCUGAUAGCAGUGAUACAGAAUACAGAGAGUGGCCGAGAAGACAAUCGUUCAACAACAGCAAAAACAUGCAUGAAGAUACAGGACCUGAACCAGUUCUGAGGGACGCAGAUGAUGUUCCUCUCUUCAUGCAGGAAAAAGGGAAACAGGCAGCUACCUCAGGGGAGAUCAGACUAGACAAAACCUUAGCUACAGAGAAAGUAAAGGACAAAGGAACAGGUAAAGAAGGACUUCUGAAGAGUUAUGGACUGCGUGGCAGCUGUAAAAGGCAGCAGCCACCAGCUAAAUGUAUCCUGUCUGCUGCACAGCGGAUGCGUAUUCCUGAUGCAUUCAGAAAUGUUCCGUCUGAAGCCAUGGACCCAUGUGACGCGUCGGUUCUUUUGGAUCCCAGUAACGAUCCAGUGGAAAGGAGGAAUGAGAUGGCUAUGGAAGGUCAUGACUCUACUCACUCGCCAUCUCUCAACCAGUCAUAUGAUGUGGACAGGCCAUCUGGCCUGUGGCUCCUUGAAGGGUCAGGCUCCAACUUGGGCUCAGAAGGUCAUCUCGUUCAGGAGAAGCACCUGACCCCAGAGAGUGAGGGUGAAGGUCAGGGUGGGGUAUCAAAGGUCAAACGGAGACUGCUCAUGCACGUGACAGAAGUGACCCAGGAAAGGAGUGAAGACACUGCAGGAGCAGACUGUGUGGUCAGACCCAGUUCCAGCACUCCUAGAGCUGCAGUGCGGUGGUAUGAAGGCCAUGGCAGUCAAACGAACAAGCAAGAGCAGCUGAGACAGGCCCAUGCUGCUCAGGUCAGAGCCCUGCAAGAUGAACACAGGAGACAACAGGAAGAACUACUACAGGCAUUAGCAGUGCGUUACCAUCUCCUCCAUAGCGUGUCCUUCCCGUGCUCCAUGUCAACCUCACGUCUCAGGGACACGCUGACCUUUCCUACCCUCUCUCAGCCUUCCAGCCCACUGCCAGAGCGACACCGCCCCCUGCUGUCAGCAGCCGUGAAAGGUUUUCUGACUCGCAGGCUGCUGAGGACGGAGAGGGUGGCACAGCUGGUGCGCACCAUCAGGGACACGCAGCAGUUCCUAUAUGCCUUCCAGCAGCAGAGCCCCAGCAGAGGAGAGUUCUGUAGCAGACAGGACCUCUUACUGCAGGAGAGAGUCACUCUGCAGCUGCGCGCUGCACGUUAUGAGGUCUACGACAUAUUCUUCAGCCUGUCAGCCGGGGAGAGGAUGCAGCUCAUCAGCUGGGACAGAGAGCUGGCCAGGGAGAGAGAGCUCAGACAACAGAGUGGACACAAAGGACAUCCCAGAGGAAAGAGUUCUCUGUCAGCUGCAACACAGAAAUCAUUGGAGAGGAAGAGAGGAAUGAUGAUCCAGAAAAAGGCAGCAGAAAGACACAGGGGGGCUGUGAUGAGGACUGGACACAAGGCUGGAUUCUCUGCCGAGCAGCCGUUGGAAACCAAAAGAGGACAGUUCAGAACAAAUCCUCAGAGGGUCCCCAAGAGCACUUACUCCACUAGACCCCGAUGACACCUUCCUAAUUGGCCCCAGCGAGGACUUCUAAUAAGGCCUCUAGUGAUUACAUGAAUAUUGUAUAACUAAUCAUCUGAGAAUUUCCAAAUCAAAAUCUGACACAAAGCAGUGACUGUUGCUUACAUAUUUUCUGAUUUCAUAUUUGGAGUGAAGUUUUUUUUUUUUUGACCUCUUCAACCAGGGUAUAUAUUAUUACAGUGACUAUAGUUUUACUCACUUAUAGUAGUAGUUUCACACUGAUUGGAUGCUCAGAUGUGGGAAUCAAACAUCACUACAGCCACUCUGUCUGCAACAGAAAUGCUUUACCACCUUCAGUGUGCUCAUGUUGAAGAUGUUAGUGAGAAAAAUGUUUUGCUGGCAGAAUCCUUUGGCAGCACCUUUAAAGCUCUGUGCACUGCACCUGAAAAAUGAAGUGUAAACUUUUUUUUUCACAACAGACAGGGGAAACUCAUGUGCAAUGAAUAAUAUUAAUGAUGGCUCUAUACCAGCAAGCCAGCGGUUCCCAGGCGAGGGAUGAUAUAGCACAAGAUUAUAGUUUUUUGAUUUAGGUUUUUUUUUUUUGCAUUUUCCAGUUAACUACUGGAUCAGGCCUCACGACUGUAACCGUGAUUAUUAUUAUUCAUUACAUAUGUGCAUAUCUCUCCAUGGUAUGCCAAACAUUUCCUCUGUGAAACAGCUUUAUUGACCAUUUAAUUACUUGAAUGUGCAUUUCAGAGUUUUAUUUUCCAAGUAGCUCAGUGUUAAAUCUCUGCUCUGUACUUCAUAUUUAUGUGCCUGGUUAGUUGCCACCAAAAACAAUCCAUCUCCAGGUGUAUUAUCACAUAUUGAACAUAGUAUGAUAUUUACAGCAUUUUUGUACUCGUGCAUAUCCAGAUGUUCAUAUCAAGCUCCAGAUGUUAGUGUUGAUGCUAAUAUGUAGUAUUAGUGUGUUACUACCAAGUGUUGCCUUAAAUAUUUGUCUUGGAGUGUUGGGGUUACAUAGCUUAUCAGCCAAAACACAAAUGUUUGUAAUUUUUUUUUAUUCUUUGGAAUUUUGGACCUGUUUUACAUGUUAUUUAUUUGUAUAUGGUUGACAAUAAAUGUUUC